AUGUUAACACUUCUUUUAUGUAUAUUAUUAAUUUCAAUUACUUGUCAAAAUCAUCCUCGAUUCAAUGCAUUUUCAAUAUUAACUGUAUCAAUAUGUUGGUUAAUGUCAAUACGUUUAAUGGCUUUGACAUUGUUUCCAAGAGAAACAUUUCAAUCAUUUUUAUUAAAAAUUCUUUGGAUUUAUUUUCUAAUAUUACCUAAACAAACAGUGAAAAAUUCAUGGCCUAUAACAUAUUAUAUAAUAUUAUGCCUGACUACAGUUUUCAAAGCAUAUUGUGAUCAUUAUCCACUUGAAUUAUCUGUCGAAGAUUUUUGGGUCGCCAUUGCACAAGGUGUUAGUAUUCAUUUGAACCAAAAUGCUGAAAAAUUUCGUCAUCUUCUCGUCGAACAUGAGGGCAAGAAGGAAUUAAUGUUAAUUGUUGAUCAUCUUCGCAUUCCAAAAUCAGAUCGACCUGCAAAUGGAAAUCAGUCAGUUCCAGCCAUUAACUGGCCAUUAGCUGUACGUGAAAUGUGUGACUUGAUUAAAAAAGAUAUGAAAGCUGACUUAACAACAUUAAUGACAAAACGAUUCUCGAGUACUACUGAUGUCGAAGGUGCUGUAUUCGACUGUACUCUUAUGGAUACCGUCAAAUCCUACUAUUCCUAUGGAUUUGGAUUGACCUGUGGAAUUCCCCAAGUAACACUUCGUGGAACACCAGGUGAUUUUCAAGAAUUGAUUGAUCGAGUUCAACAAUUGAAAAUAUUUUUCACCGAUUUUCAUUGGUGGUUUGAUGCCUUGCUACCUCAUAUUAACAAGUUAAAGGAAAGUGCUGAAGGCAAUGCUGAUAUCGAUUGGUGGCAAAAGAUUUGUCAUCGAAACAACAAUAUGUCGGGUGUUGAUCUUUUAAUGGGAUGGCUGGCAGACUUUAUUCCAAAUGAAAACUUUACUCCAUCCUGUGAAGCUGCUUGA